GAUUUGGUGUGAUCCGGGCGGUGACGCUGCCAGUGUUUGGAAAUGAGAGCAGUCCGGAGCCGCUUCCGCGUAGGGUGAUCUGAGCGGAGGGAGGAUGAACAACUCAGCAUGUAGUAUUUACCACAAAGCAAGAACACACAGCAGGAUUAUAACAUGUAUCUACAUAGUCGGGUUCAUGGACCUGUUUGGGGUCAGUAUGAUCAUUCCUCUGCUGAGUCAUCACGUGAAGGCAUUGGGAGCCAGCCCUACAGUUGCUGGGAUAGUGGGGUCCACUUAUGGGGUUUUACAGCUUUUCUCCAGCACUAUAGUCGGCAGCUGGAGCGAUGUAGUGGGGAGGCGCUAUUCCUUGCUGACAUGCCUUCUGCUCAGUGCCUUUGGAUAUGGCCUUUUGGGCUUGUCAACUAGCAUUGCCUUGUUUGUGUUGGCCCGAAUACCAGUAGGAUUAUUUAAACAUUCCCUGUCCAUCUGUCGAGCCCUCCUCUCAGAUCUUGUGUCAGAGGCGGAGCGUCCCCUAGUGAUGGGCCACUUUAAUGCAGCUUCCAGUGUGGGAUUCAUUCUGGGUCCAGUGGUCGGAGGCUACCUCACUGAACAUGAAGGAGGAUUCUACUUGUCCUCAUUUGUCUGUGCAUCCAUCUUCCUUCUUAAUUCAGGUCUGGUCUGUAUGAUGCCAUGGAGUGAGACUCUAAAUCACCGUAUAGAUGCUAAUAGCAAUACUAACAGCAGCAAACCCUAUGUUGGGCAGAAUAACUCUUCCGUUGGAAACCACCAUGGUCACUCCUCUUCCACCACAGCUCAUGGUUCUGCUGGAGCUUCCUGCGGGGGCAGGUGGAAAACGGCUCUUCUCCGGCCUGCCUGGCGGCAGCUGACCUCCAUGGUGGUGCGAAUCCGGAUGGUGGCCUCCUCGGACAUGUGGGACGUGUUUCUGGUGCGUCUGUUGAUGGCUGUAUCCAUAAUGCUGUACUACAGUAACUUCUCCCUGGCUAUGGAGGAGCGUUUUGAUCUCAAGCCCAAAAUCACCGGCUACUUGAUCAGCUACAGCAGCAUGCUGGGAGCCCUCGCUGGUUUUCUGGUGGGACCUGUUACGCAUGUUUAUGGCAACGACAUGUCUGCUCUCCUUCUGCACUCGACCGUGCUCACAUGCUUGCUGAUCUUGUUGUAUUCCACUGCGCCCAGUGUGUGGCAAGUAGUGCUCUCCUCCACCUUCUUCGCCAUCUCUACCACCAUUGGCCGCACUUGCAUCACUGACCUGGAGCUGCAGCGAGGCGGUACCCAGGCCAGUGGGACCUUGAUAGGGGCGGGCCAGUCAGUAACUGCAGUUGGGCGCAUUCUGGCCCCACUGCUGUCUGGUCUGGCUCAGGAGUUCAGCCCCUGUGGGCCACCCAACCUGGGGGUAGUACUGGCCCUGCUGGCUGUUGGCUUGCUGCUUAUCAGGACUCCAAAAUGGAACAGCAAAUCCAAAGAGAAGGAGAAGAACUCCUAAUAGCGACAGCCAAAGGGUCAAAGACACACAUAGGAAAAAAUGGGCAUUGCAACAAAUUUAGCAGUGAUUUGUGUCUGUCUGCAGAUACAGUUUUUGAACUGUAAUUAUAACUUAAAGCUAUGGUUAUAGUCUAAGUACAAUCUAUCACAGAUCUAUCUAAGCCUAUUUUCGUCUUGGAGCAAUCACAGCAGUGAGUUUUAGUAUUGUGAGACACUGACAUGGUCACCUGCAUGGUCAUUCAGGAGGACCUGCCAGUCUACAUGAAAAUUCAAAAACAGAUGCAGGAAAACACCAGCUUAAUGUUCAAACAGCAUGCCUAAUGUACAAACAUGCAUUUCCAGUGCCACUACUGGAUUCAAUUAAAGAACAAAUGUAGAAUGUAGAAUGUAGGUAUCAGUCACUGGAAUUACAGUUACCUUGUCCAUAGAGAUCUAUGCAUUACAGGGAAACAUCACACGAUGGACUGUUUUAUAACCUCAGUGAGGCAUUAAUAGGACAAAAUCACUAUACAUUAUUAUUAUUAUUAUUAUUAUUAUUAUUAUUAUUGCACUUCCUAAUAGGCUCUUCCAUUUUUGUGUUUUUUUUUAUACGCAGGUUGUUUUUUUAACAAUAUCAAUAUUAGCUGUGAAAGACUGGCGAACAAUAAUUCUGUUUUUUAGAUUUUAUAAAAUUAUUGCAGAUAAAUUUUUUUUGUAUGUGGUAAUUAUAUGUAAUGGGAUUUUCCAACCCCAACCCAAACAUUAGGAAUGUUCUUAUAGCCCCUGAAUGUAUCGAACAGUUUUAAUUAAAUCAUGAAUUAAAAAAAGAGAUAUGAAAAAAUAAAGCCAUGAUCUGAAACAA